CAAACACACACACACACACACACACACACACACACACACACAUAGCAUGGAGCCCAUGAAUCCACACUUUGGAAAUCCUUGCGUCAGCUUAGACUAUUUGCUGUGUUCAGUGAGUGCUGCUACAAAAUAGCCUUUGAAUAUGUACUGGCGUAAGAAAAUCGUAUUACAUUAUAAGAACCUCUAAUCAGUGGAACUAUUCAUGCUCACGUGCAAUGCUACUAGUUAAAAAAUAAUAUUACAGAAUAUUACGAAACGUCUGAGAAUUUACGACACAUUUCUCCAGAAUAUAAAACAGGUGAAGUAAAUCUGUAUCGAGUGGCUCCGAGCACACCAGUGGUCCCACGAAAUCGAACACCCAUUCGAGGCCUGUCCCUUCCCUGCUAUAGAAAACUCAGCAGGAGUAGGAAUGAGCCCGCCGAGGCGCACAGGAACACUCUGGUGUAGCACGUGAAGACUGGUCAUGAUGGGAGGGGCACGGGCGGUGUUGUGGGCUGUCCUGCUCACUUCUCUGUUUACAGCUGCGUGUGGCCGCGUCUUCUGCUACAAUGGAGGGCGGUGUGUGUACAACCGAUGCAUCUGUCCCAGGGGCUUCUACGGAUCCCGCUGCCAGUAUGACCGCGACGAGUGUCAGGUGAACAAUGGCGGAUGUGAACACUCCUGCAAGAACACCGUGGGCUCCUUCAUGUGUUGCUGCAGCCUGGGGGACAGACUGAGGCGUGACGGCCGCACGUGUCAAGAUGGGGCUUUCCCCAUUCUAUUGCUCUCCACUACUUUCUUCAUUGAGAUAAUCAAGUAUAUGCUUCCCUCUCUCACUCGCAAACUCAUCACCCCUACGAGUUUAUCAUUGUUUAUUAUAGAUGUGAAUGAGUGUGAGUUUCACAACGGCGGAUGCUCUCACGAAUGUGCCAACACUGUGGGCUCCUACCGCUGUCUCUGUGGUCCCGGGAGCCGCCUGAUGCCCGACGGACGCACCUGUGUUGCUUCGCCCUCUUGUGCCACGAGACGCAGGCCUAACAUGGCGUGUCGUCUUGCAGGUGAGGCUUCGUGUGGCGUGAGGAAUGGCGGCUGUGACCACUACUGCGACUACUGCGGCAGGCCAAAGUGCUCCUGCCGGCCCGGAUACAUACUUGGCCAAGACGGACGGCGAUGCGAGGCGGCGGAUCCCUGCGUGGUGGAUAACGGUGGCUGUCAACACAUCUGCCUACAAGACCAGGGCCGUGCACGCUGCACAUGUCAAAGAGGGUUUACUUUGGCUAACGACCGUGUUUCGUGUGUUGAUCUUGAUGAGUGUAAUAUACCAGGCACCAGCAGUCAGCAAUGUCGGAAUACCUGGGGCUCCUACGAGUGCAUCUGCAACUCUGGUUACCAGCUUGGCACUGACAACAAGUCCUGUUACAUGAUCGACAUGGAGGUCAUUAACUCUUGUAUUGAAAACAACGGUGGUUGCCAGCACAUGUGCCAGCACGGGCCAGACGGAGCCACUUGCACCUGUCACCCGGGAUACCAGCUACAACCUGAUGGGCGCUCCUGUCAGGAUGCGGACGAGUGUGAGGCUGGAAGCCAUCGGUGCCAACAAGAGUGUGUGAAUAGCGAAGGAGGCUACGCCUGCGCUAGCACACAAGGCUUCACAUUGAGCUCUGACACCUUCACUUGCCUGGAUGUGAAUGAAUGUUCAAUGGAGAACGGUGGAUGCGAGCACGAGUGCCAGAACACGCAAGGCUCCUUCACGUGUUCUUGCCGCAGAGGCUACGUUCUGGUCGACGAAGUCCACUGCGAUAUCUUGGGCGGUAACUACGACGUGGACUACUCUGGCUACAGCAUCCGAGGCGACCAGGACAUGGGUUCGACAGCCAUAGAGGACUACUCGACGGUGCUGGACGGCGAGACGACCAGAAACCGUGACGCGUGGAAUGACGUAACUUACGCAGAGUACAGCAAGAUCAUUACCCUCCAGACGCGUUGCGUCCCUGGACAUUUUGGACCUAACUGUUCCCUCACGUGUAACGACUGUCCCGGGGAAUGCGACAGCUCGGGGUGUGUGUGUCCCCCGGGCAGGACUGGACCCAUCUGCGAACUUGAGUGUCCCUCGGGUUUCUACGGACCCAGCUGUAACGAGGCGAGUCCUGCUUACCGAAGUGGGGUGUGCGAGUGUAAAGCAGGAUAUGUUGGCAUUGACUGCUCCAAAGAGCGCCCAGAGGGAAAGUGGGGCGCCGGGUGUCUGCAUGAGUGUCAGUGUGCCAAUGGAGCCACCGUGUCCGGCUGGUCACUAUGGACCGGAGUGUAUGAAGGCGUGUAUGUGCGGCCUGCGACCCUGCGACCCAAGCACAGGCGUGUGUCUCUGUCCGGCAGGGAACAAGGGACCAAACUGCAAUCAAAGGCCCUACGUGUGAGGCAACGUGCUCCGCCGGCAGGUAUGGUGUCAACUGUAGUGGAAUAUGUGGGUGCCUCAACGGUGCCUCCUGGCCGGUGCCAGUGCCUACCGGGAUUCACGGGUCUUAGCUGCGGUCAGCCCUGUCCCCUGGGACGAUUCGGUCAGGACUGUGUACAAGUAUGUGACUGCAACGACGGUGGUGGGUGUGACAAGGUGACCGAGGAAUGCACAUGUGCGCCGGGGUGGCGAGAGUCUCAGUGCAAACUCAAAUGCGAGGAGGGUCGCUAUGGAGCAGGUUGUGCCAUGAACUGUAGCUGUGCCAAUGGAGGCGAAUGUGACCACAUUUCAGGCGCCUGCAUGUGUCGUCCAGGGUGGCGCGGGACAUUCUGCUCCAGGCCGUGCCCAGACGGGUUUUGGGGCAUAGAGUGUCGGUACCAGUGUGACUGUGAUGUUGGCGCGACCUGUGACCCCGCCACGGGAGUGUGCUCGUGUCCGCCUGGCAAACGCGGCCAUCACUGUUCCAACACUUGCCCGGAGGACCGAUGGGGAAGCGACUGUCAACACGUGUGUUUGUGUCAUAAUGGUGGAACGUGUGACCGCGUGUCAGGGGCGUGUGUGUGUACCCCGGGCUACACCGGUGCCACGUGUCAAGAGAGGUGUCCUACGGGAACCUUUGGAAGUGGAUGUCAACAUACCUGUUUGUGUCAGCACGGUGCCAACUGUCAGCACGACACCGGGGCGUGUGUGUGUCCCCCAGGGUACACCGGCACACACUGCCAGCGAGGUAAGACCACAAUGUAUAAUCAGGACAACUGCGUUUUUAAGCACUAUGGAGUUCUUGCACAUAUUUAUUUAUCUUACUUUUUUUUUUUUGCUGAGAUCAAGUUACAAAGCGGAUAUUUUUGUCAUGACCACGCAGCUACUGGAGAAUGCCAGUGUGGGCUGGGAUGGACAGGACCAUUCUGCGACCAGGCGUGCGAUCCAGGCAUGUAUGGACCUGACUGCCGCAUGGACUGUGCCUGUCACCACAAUGCUUCUUGCGACCGCUUCUCCGGCUGCUGCGAGUGUGGUCCCGGCAGAUACGAGCGUUAUUGCGAUAAUUCACAAUACGGGCACUGUCCGGCAGGGUUCUAUGGGGCGUAUUGCACUAGUGUGUGUGACUGCCGCAACGGUGCCACGUGUGACCCUAAGACUGGCCAGUGCCGCUGUCCCCCGGGUUUUAUGGGUGACACUUGUGGAGAAAUGUGUCCACAAGGUAUGUUCGGCGCCCACUGCCGCCAGAAAUGCCACUGUGGUCUCUACCCGUGCCACCGGGAAACCGGAGUAUUCCAGUGUCCGCCAGGCAGGACGGGACCAAAUUGUGCCAUGGCAGGUGUGGAGGGCAAAUAUGGUCCCGGUUGUCAGCAAGUGUGUGAAUGUUACCAUGGCGGCAGCUGCCAUCCCGCCACUGGCCACUGUUCUUGUACCCCGGGUUGGCUGGGACCCACCUGCCGCGAGGAGGAUGUCUCCUAAGUGACGACCAGCGACCAGCGUGGCCGAGCAGACAUCCCAGUGGAGCUGAGCUGAUUUGAUAGCGACCAGUCCAAGCGACGCCCAGCGAGGCCACGUGACCACGAACAAUGAUUCUUUUAUUUACUGAUCUC